AGGAGUCAUGGGUCGAGUACACCGGUUGGGGUACCGUGUCUGCUUACAAUGACCCAAUGGUGUUCCCUUGCAACGAGGGCGACUUUGUUGCAACACUUGCGGCUGGCAUGGGCUACUACUAUGACUCUGGCGUGCCGGGCGGGUUGUGCAGAAGUAUCGACGCGGGCAAGGUCGACUUGCUCCAGCACGAGCUGUUCACGUCGGCGUGGACCAGCACCGGCACAGGAAAGACGUUCCUCCCCCUGACGCCGAGCAGCCCCGGCAUGGCCACGCUCAGCCCGACGCCGUCCCCGACCGCGAGCCCGACGUCCGCGCCCACGCCCUCGCCGACGCCCGCGCCCACGCCCAGCCCGACGCCCUGGCACACGGCACAAUCUGUCGAGUACGCUGGUUGGGGGACAUCGCACUGGUACAACGACCCUGGACAGAAUCCUUGCAAUGUUGACGAGUUCAAGGCGACCCUUACGGAUGGCAUGGGAUAUUUUUACGACUCCGCUGUGGUAGGUGGGUUUUGUAAGAGUAUCAAUGUGGACAACGUUGGCUUGCUUCGGGCUGAAUUUGGGACGUCAUCGUGGACUGACCACAGCACAGGAAUGACGUACCUGCCGACACUGGAAUCCAGCACCACCCGUGCCCCGACUUCCGCGCCCACGCCCACGCCCACGCCCAGCCCGAUGGCAUCUCCGACGACGGUGCCUACUCCAGAACCUACCGCGGUGCCUACGACGGUCUAUUGGGUCGAAUACGCGGGCUGGGGGACACCAGAUCUUUAUACUGACCCUCCGACGAAUCCUUGCAACGUGGACGAGUUCGAUACGUUGCUUGAGGAUGGCAUGGGCUACUAUUACGAUCCCAACGUGCCAGGCGGCUUGUGCAGAACCAUCCAGCCGGAAAACGUUGAAUCGCUCCGACAGUUGAAUGGGACAUCGUCUUGGAUCCACGACAGCUUCGGGAAAACGUACUUGCCCCCGGACCUACCCGCGGUGCCCAUGGGCCCCGACCUGGUCAGCCUGGCCAUUGACGCCCGCCAGGCACCCACUCCUGCGCCGACCGAACCGAUCAGUCAAGGAACUGGCGGAACCACCGGUGGCGUUGCCCCAACAUUAUCCCCGACUGCGGCAUCCUGGCGCUGGGACCAGUACGUUGGUUGGGGGUCAGUGACUUCUUAUGACGACCCUCCAGAGUAUCCGUGCAAUGUGAACGGGUUCGUCGCGAGUCUUGCACCUGGCAUGGGUUAUUACUAUGAUCCCGCCGCGGGGACAGGCGGGUUGUGCAGGAGUAUCCAUGCGGACAACGUUGAGCAUCUCCGACAGGAGUACGGCUCGGAACUCUGGACCGGAGGGCCAAACGAGCGCCGCUCCGACCGCAGCACGGGCACGACGUACCUGCCCGCCGCACAGGUGCGGACUCCUCCAGCCCCUGGAGCGGGCGUGGUUCGCCCGCGUUGACUGGGAGCGGUUCGCGGCGCUUCAGGUGCUGGGCUACGGCAUGGUGCAGCCCGGAGGGCGCACCAACCCCAGCACCGUCGGCAUGGGUAUCACUUGGUACUGGAAUUUGCUCAGGGCAUGAUCAGGAUUGGACAAGUGCCGACGCUUUGGGGCCUCAUUGGGAUCUCCAUCCCGGACUGGGCUGGCGCAUGUGCGACGGAAGGUCUGACACUCAAUGUCAACAGGUUUGUGAUGCAACAGCAGGGUGCAGUAUGAUCUCGAACGGUGAUUGCUGCUUCUUGUUCAAGGAUGACGCAUGUAAUGCCGAUGUUUCUCAUUCAAAUUACCAGUCUUACCUCAAGGAGCAGAGUGUCGAGCCGGCCACGACUACGACUACGACUGAGGACCUGACAGAUGCGCC